UCUCAAAUCACCUAAGAAACAACAAGCACACCCAGCAAAACAAAAAUGGAGUCCAUAACCAAUAACUUCUUCACUCUCUUUAUCACCACCACCUUAUUCUUCGUCUCUUCCCAUGCAGCCACUUUCGAAAUCCGCAACGAAUGCUCAUACACCGUCUGGGCUGCUGCCAGCCCCGGCGGGGGCCGCCGCCUCGACCGUGGCCAAACAUGGACGCUCAACGUUGCCGCAGGGACGAAAAUGGCCCGCAUUUGGGGACGGACCAACUGUAACUUUGACGGCAAUGGUCGCGGCCGCUGCCAAACAGGAGACUGUGGCGGCGUCCUCCAAUGCCAAGGCUGGGGCCAACCUCCAAAUACACUAGCAGAGUACGCCUUAAACCAAUUCAACAACCGUGACUUCAUUGACAUCUCCCUAGUCGAUGGUUUCAACAUCCCCAUGGACUUUAGUCCCACUACGGGAGGGUGUAGGGGAAUAAGGUGCACUGCUGACAUCAAUGGCCAGUGCCCUGCCCAACUCAGGGCUCCCGGGGGUUGUAACAAUCCAUGUACUGUGUUCAAGACCAAUGAGUAUUGCUGUACCAAGGGGCAAGGAAGCUGUGGGCCCACCACGUUCUCAAGGUUUUUCAAGCAGAGGUGUCCUGACGCUUAUAGUUACCCUCAAGAUGAUCCCACCUCUACUUUUACUUGCCCUGGUGGAACCAACUACAGGGUUGUGUUUUGCCCUAGAUAGAAAUUCACAGCUGGGCUUCUCAUGAUUAGGCUGUGUCUAUAUGAGCUUGAUCAAUAUAUAUAUAUAUAAUUACAUAUAGGUGGUGCGUGCUAUUGCUGGUUAAUCAGUAUAUAGUGUGUACGCACUCUGUUGUUUGUACUUAACUGUGCAACACAUAUAUAUAAUAAAAAGCCUCGAAAUGAAAGUUUAUUUCCUUGAAAA